AUGAGCCUCCAAACCAAGCUCGAGACGCCAGAACGCGUGGCGGCCCCUUCAUCCAUUGAGCGAGUCGAGGCUUGGGCCGUAUCGCAAGUUGCGGAUGCUGUCGGCGCCGUCUCCAUCGAAUCGCCUACGCCGAAAGCACGAACGCCACGCGGUGCGACGGUGACGAUCGAUAUACCAUUAGACGACAGCGUCGACCAGGACCCACUUCCUCGCUCUCGAGCUGAAGCUGUCCACACAGUAUACAAGCGGCGCCAGCCCGUUAGACGCGACAGCUUGAAUCGCCGAGAUGCGCUACUAAAGGGCAAAGAAGGUAGUAGACGGAGGCAGAAAUGGGAGAACGAUCGACUGCUGUCCAAUCCCUGGGCAGAGCCGCCGCUCCCUAGCGAUUGGGAAGUCCAACCUACCCACCCACGUCAGACAGUACCGUACUUCCUUGCCCCACUGUGGGACGCCGAAUACGCCCGCACAGCACGAGAAAGGCAAAAGCGAGCAGAAGCCGCCAGGGCACCGCAGAGCAAAGAAGAUGCCGAGGUGCAGAAGGUGACGCGUGAGUUGCGCACGAAGCUCAAGAAAUCUCGUGGCGCGAAGGGUCUAUUGCAGGACCUUGAGGCGGAAGUAAGAGGCUUCAUCGAGCAGUGGGAAGCCAAGCAAGCGGAGCUAGAGAAGGAAGGGUUGAUAGAUCCUGAUAGUGAAGACGAGGAGAUUGUGUUCGUUGGUCGCAAUGGUGUGAUGAGUGAUGAGAGGCAGCGGGAAAAGGACGAGGAGACGCUGGAGAAAGACAAGCUCAUCUUCCAGAGUCUGGUUGAUGAUCAUGGUGCAGCUUUCGGUCGUUACCUCGUCCACAGCAUUGCCGCUUAUUACGGCCUGCAGACCUGGUCCGUCACCACCGGCAAUCCGGCGCGGCGUGAAGCAUAUGUUGGCUUGAGACUUGAUCCGCAGACACGGCGACCGAGUCUGAACAAAGGCGAAAUGCCCAGGCCGCUUUGGGCAGUGGUGUGCUAG